GCGAGAAAAACCGUCUGACUGCUGAAUCCAAAUUAGUCCACUUUGGUUUUGUUUCUCCCCCUUUCUCUCCUUUCUUUCUUUCUAUCUUUUUGUAAAAUUUUGUUCAGCGAUUUUUUCAAUAAGGAAAGCACCGGUGUUCGCCAAUCUGGACAGUGACUGCUUUGGGGAAAAGAAGGGCCUAUACAGACUUGAUCCCCCCGUCAAAAACUCUGCAGGAUUUCCUCCUCCCCAGUCCAGAGGAAUAUCUUCAGGUCCAGGGGGUUACUGCUGCUCCUCUGAGGGGCUUUCAUCGGCGCUCAUUACAUCCGAGGGAAUGGUGGCCGCAGCGCAGAUCCACGCAACUCUUUCUCAAUGUUUGGCAUUUUUCGCAGGCGAGCAUCUUGACUUGUGAUCGAGAGAGACGCGGACUGCAGCAGCCUCCAAUCCCUUUCACAUGGAGAUUUGUGAUUCGGUCGCACUGCAAAUCUUGAAAACGGGGACCGGGGCCCUGCUGAUUUUCCCUUCGCUGCUCUCAACCCCGAAUUCAUUUAUUCGAGAAAAUGCAGAACACAAACAGCAGAUGAACUAUGAAUGCUGAACACAAUGAUCUCCUCCCUCCAGCGCCAGACAAUGAGAGGUCGUAGGCUGAAGGGGGCGCUGUCCAACCCCCUCUUUGUGCUGCUUUUGGCCCUUCAGAUCCUGGUGGUGGCUGGGCUGGUUCGUGCUCAGACCUGUCCUUCUGUCUGCUCAUGCAGUAACCAGUUCAGCAAAGUCAUAUGCACACGCCGCAGUCUACGGGAUGUCCCAGAUGGCAUUUCCACCAACACUCGCUACCUGAACCUCCAGGACAACCUCAUACAGGUCAUCAAGGUGGACAGUUUCAAACAUCUGCGCCAUCUGGAGAUCCUGCAGCUGAGCAAGAACCACAUUCGCAGCAUUGAAAUUGGCGCCUUCAAUGGGUUGGCCAGUCUCAACACCUUGGAGCUCUUUGAUAAUCGGCUCACGACAAUCCCCAAUGGAGCAUUUGAAUACUUGUCAAAGCUGAAGGAAUUGUGGCUAAGGAACAACCCCAUAGAAAGUAUACCAUCUUAUGCCUUUAACCGGGUCCCUUCGCUUCGAAGGUUGGAUCUAGGUGAGCUCAAACGUCUCUCCUACAUUUCCGAUGGAGCCUUCAAGGACUUGAGCAACCUGCGCUACCUGAACCUGGGAAUGUGCAAUCUCAAGGAGAUCCCCAACAUCUUACCUUUGGUCAGGCUUGAAGAGCUAGAAAUGUCAGGAAACCAGAUCUCUGUUAUCAAGCCCAGCUCAUUUACCGGAUUAGUGAAUCUCCAGAAGCUGUGGAUGAUGCAUGCCCAGAUCCAAACUAUUGAGAGGAAUUCCUUUGAUGACCUUCAGUCAUUAGUGGAGCUCAACCUGGCUCACAACAACCUUACCUUUCUACCACAUGACCUCUUCACACCAUUACAUCAUCUGGAACGGGUCCACCUCCAUCACAACCCUUGGAACUGCAACUGUGAUAUCUUGUGGCUCAGCUGGUGGCUUAAGGAGGCAGUACCUGCCAAUACCAGCUGCUGUGCCCGUUGCCAUUCUCCUGCAGUCUUUAAAGGUCGCUACAUUGGGGAAUUGGACCACAGCUACUUUCAGUGUGAUGUUCCUGUCAUCGUGGAGCCACCCAGCGACUUGAAUGUGACAGAAGGCAUGGGUGCUGAGCUUAAAUGUCGCACAAGCUCGCUGACAUCCAUCAGCUGGCUUACACCAAAUGGCUCAUUGGUGACACAUGGGGCUUAUAAGGUGCGUUUGUCUGUACUCAAUGAUGGGACACUGAACUUUACUAGUGUCACAAUGCAGGACACUGGGACUUACACGUGUAUGGUUAGCAACACGGCAGGCAACAUAUCUGCCUCUGCUGUGCUUAAUGUCACUUCUGUGGAAAACAGCGGGGUGACCUAUUUUACCACUGUCACCGUGGAGACCAUUGAAACCCCAGGCGAUGAUAGCCAAACGCCACUUCCACCAUUCGGCUGGGUAUCCUCCUCAACGACUAAAAGCACUCCUGUUUCAACAAGGACCACAGAGCGGACUUACACCAUUCCAGUUCUUGAUCUGGACGGAGAGGGUGCCCUCAAUGGCCUAGAUGAGGUGAUGAAAACCACCAAGAUCAUCAUUGGCUGCUUCGUGGCCAUCACACUAAUGGCUGCUGUUCUGCUGGUUAUUUUCUACAAGAUGAGGAAGCAGCAUAACCAGCAGGAUCCUGAUGGCCCAGCUUCCUCCAUGGAGGUCAUCACUGUUGAAGAAGAGCUUGCAGGUGUCGCUGCCAUGGAGAGACACCUUUCGCUUCCCCCUCUGGAGCAUUACAACCACUACAACACCUACAAGAGCACUUACCACCACCCUCCUAUGCUCAGUACCAUACACAGCUCAGCCACACAGGAACCUUUACUGAUUCAAGCCUGCUCAAAAGACAAUGUACAAGAGACCCAAAUCUGAUCUUGAAUUUGACUAAAUAUCCAGUAUCAGCAGUUUCAUACUUGGAGUACAAUGGACCAAAACAUGAAGACAAAAAUAAUCAAAAUGACAUUGACUUGACAGAGUUGAUGUCGACAAUGGAGAAAAAUCAGCAUUCGGCAAAGACAUAUGAUACUUUAACAAGUGUCUUUACAGAAUCAAAGAUUAUUUAUUAAAAGUAUGUCUAGUGGCUAAAUGAAGAAAAACAAUUUGUGAUAGCUUUUUAGCUCAUUUUAUUUCUCUAUCUCUCUGUGUAAUAAUGCAGAAGGGAAAGAAUGGUUUGCUAAAAGUGAUUUAAGAAUGUAUCAAAAGGAGCUCAUGUGAAACCACUGCAGACACUGGCCAAAAUUAGUACAAUGCUAUUAAUUUAAUUAAUUCAAUAAUUCUAUUACUUUACCUGAUAGAACAUGUUUUGUUGAAGGGCACUGCUUUAGUACUUUCUUUUUAUCAGCAUUUAUUUGCUGGUUGUUCAGCAUACCAUGUCCAAUUUGGUGGUGGUUUAAUGAGAGGCAAAACAUAAAAUGGUUUAUUUUCAUUGCCCUCAUAUUCUAGCUGUCACUCAAUACAAAAUGAGUCUUUUAAUGACACAGCUCUGGAUGGUAUCAUAGUGAAGCCAGCAUGCCUGAGGAGCAAAGCAAGCAAAUGAGUAAAUGUGCAUUUCCCCUGUGGCUCCUAGACAAUAGCCAUGCAUCCUUUACUUUAAUUAAGAGUAAAUUCUUGCUCCCACAAAACCUCAUACCUUUCCUUUCCACUUCUACCUUUUCUACUUUUUUUCAUUCUGCUCCCCCUCUCUCCUUAUGUCUCUAAAUUCUCUAUCUUCCCAGUCCAUCCUGUCUUUGCUUUCUCCCCACUCUCCUUUCCUCCGUGUCCUCUCACUUCUUUGAUUGUCUCUCUGUCACUUAGCUGAGGCACGUUCCUCGCCCCUCGUCGUGUCUCAUUUGUCUCGCUUUAUCCGCCGGCAUGUGCCUCACGACAGCAGAAUAUUGCUUGGGAAAAUGAAGGGGAACAUAAGGCUGCCGUGUGUAGCCUCCCUGUUAACCCAGUAAUGAUCUACGUCCACUCAGUGUCACGUUACCUUGCCAUCACCCCAGGGUCACACAAGCCUGGGCACUGAUAGUCCAUCUGUUAUACAGAUAAGGAGGCAAAUGAGGCUGUUUUGUAAUGUAGUGUGACCCUGUCAGACAAAUGCAAGCA